GCGUCCGGCCCGCCCGCCGGUCCGCUUCUCUCGGGAGCCCCCACCUCGGCGCAUGGCUCCAUGAAGCAGGAGGUGAAGGCAGAGCGCGAGAGGUCCCGUCCGCCCCGGCUGCGUCUGGGCCAGGAGAAAAGGUACAGGAAGAAGGAAUGGAAUCAGAAGGAAGAAAAUUCAUUUCAGAAACAAAGUAACACUCUUCUGUUAUAGCUAUUCCCCUGGCAAUACAAACUUUUCUGCUUUCAGGUUCUGCAGCAUUCCAGACCUCAAGCACUGAAUCAGGAUGGGAAAAAGACGUUGUGUUCCUCCACUCGAGCCCAAGUUGGCAGCAGGCUGUUGUGGGGUUAAGAAGCCCAAGUUAUCUGGAAGUGGAACGCAUAGUCACGGGAACCAGUCCACAACUGUCCCCAGCUCUAGUUCAGGACCGCUUCAAAACCACCAGCAUGUGGAUGGCAGCAGUGGGCGGGAGAAUGUGUCGGACUUAACUCUGGGACCUGGAAACUCUCCCAUUACACGAAUGAAUCCCGCAUCGGGAGCGCUGAGCCCUCUCCCCCGGCCCAAUGGAACUGCCAACACCACCAAGAAUCUGGUGGUGACUGCAGAGAUGUGCUGCUAUUGCUUUGACGUCCUCUACUGUCACCUCUAUGGCUUCCCACAGCCACGACUUCCUAGAUUCACCAAUGACCCCUAUCCACUCUUUGUGACAUGGAAGACAGGGCGGGACAAGCGGCUUCGUGGCUGCAUUGGGACCUUCUCAGCCAUGAAUCUUCAUUCAGGACUCAGGGAAUACACGUUAACCAGUGCUCUUAAGGACAGCCGAUUUCCCCCCCUGACCCGAGAGGAGCUGCCUAAACUUUUCUGCUCUGUCUCCCUCCUUACUAACUUUGAGGAUGCCAGUGAUUACCUGGACUGGGAGGUAGGGGUCCAUGGGAUUCGAAUUGAAUUCAUCAAUGAAAAAGGCGUCAAACGUACAGCCACAUACCUACCUGAGGUUGCUAAGGAACAAGACUGGGAUCAGAUCCAAACUAUAGACUCCUUGCUCAGGAAAGGUGGCUUUAAGGCUCCCAUUACCAGUGAAUUCAGAAAAACCAUCAAACUCACCAGGUAUCGAAGUGAGAAGGUGACAAUCAGUUAUGCAGAAUAUAUUGCUUCUCGACAGCACUGUUUCCAGAAUGGCACUCUUCAUGCCCCGCCCCUCUACAAUCAUUACUCCUGACACACGGCUGCAUGACCAGUCCCACCCCCCUGUGGCCACCAAUGGCUAUGACAUCAUUGGAGCAGAUGCCUCCUCUUCCUGGUCCAGUUACUUCUAUUACUGCACCAUUUUAUGAUGCUAGCUUCCGUUGCCAAGUCUGCCCCCAGCUGACUGAGGGAGGGGCGGGGUUAUGUUGAAUGAAACAGAACUUGAGGGGCCCAAGCCUUAUCUCAGCCUUUCCUCAAUAUGGGGUUCCGUUGGAUUGGGGCUCCUCCAUGACUAGUAAGAAUUACCUUACGGGUUCAGAAGACCCUUGGCAUGCAGGUACCACUGGUGAUUUGCUUGCUGCCUGUGUGUUGGCCUCACAAUGGAAGCUGGAAUUGAUGAUCCAUGAAGGCUUACCCCACACACGUCCCUCCAGCCUCCCCAGAUCAAGUAGGUGUAUUCCCUUGGCAGUCUGGGCAACGGAGACCAACGAGAAACAUUUUUAGGUUGUUCUAAAUUCCUUUUUUUUAAACUUCCAGUUUAUUGUGUACCAACCAAGAGUUGAUCACAACCUCCAUGCUUCUUAAGUGGACGCCAUAUAGGGUUGAGCGUGGGCACCAAGAGUCCUUUGAGGCUCCUGGAUAGAGACCCACAUCAAGAUCGGAAGCCCUUUGGAUGGCGUUGCAGAUCUCAUUGUUCAAUUAACCUGGAAGGUUUUAAUUCUCAUCCCACUAUAAGUUGGAUUUUCUGGCACUCUUCCUGCAUUGAGUCUCCUGGUAUUGAACAGAGCUCUGUGGUGUAGCCUGCUGAGGAAUGGACUGGGAUGCCCAUGGGAGGUCCUGAUGUCAUCGCAGCAUGCAGUGUGAAAGGAGAGACCUCUUCCUUACCACCUGGCUACCUCACCCUCUACUGGUAGCAGUGCCUAUAACUGGAUCUAGGUUCUCAGAAGGCAUAGAUGUUAAAACAAGCACUUGGGUUGGGCUUUAGAAGGACAUGGCAUAGGAGAAAAUCCAGGGUCUCCAAGCUGUUUCUCUUUUCAGACAAAUAUUCUGAGGGACCUUUAAGCAGAGAAGUUCCUAUUUCUAAUUUGUCUGUAGAAAUGGGAAGACUGUUGAUGUCUCAGUCCUUUAUAGGACUUUAGAACAAAGCUCUGUAAUUAAAUAAGGUGAACCUUUAUCUUGCCUAACUUGCUGGGAAUCUUCACCCCACUAGGGCAAAGUCCCACAUAGCUCAUUUUAUUCUAGGUCAUUCAGACUUUUCAUGUGGCAUAGUUCCCUAUUCCAUUGUUGCUGAUUCCAAAUAGCUGUCAGCAAGUUUCUCCUCCCUCUUGCCUAUUCUUCAUUCAUUUGGUUGUAAAAGUUCAUAGAAGUUGAGAACUUGGAAGAAACUUUGCAAACAGGUGUCACAGGCACUGCCAAAAUGAUUCACAGGAAGACGUGGCCAGUUGGAAGAAAGGACCCUGAGGGUGAUACACUGGUUUUCAGCCACAUACUUAGAAAACUCUUGAAGUGAUUGGGUGUCGACUCGGUGAACACAGUGUUUUAAUUUAUUUUGAAGUUUAUGUGGAGAUGGUGUGGCAGCAGAUCUUGAGUUAUUGUCUGCCCAGUAUUGGGAAAAGGGGGCAUGGUCUAAGAAAUGACGCGCAUGCUAGGCACUGCUAUCUCAUUUCUUAAAAGAAUGAGCAGGUUUGUUUGGCAGCAACCAUCCUGUACUAUUCACAAGGAUAUUUGGGGUGUGCAGGUGAAAUGGGCUGACAUCAGGAUGCCCAGCCUAGGCCACAUCACCCCAUCUUAACUGUUGUGCUGUGCUCUCGCAUUUCCCUUGCAAUAUUAGUGGGGGUGGGGGGAAGCUUUUGAAGGUGGAGGGAUUGUUUCAUAUCCUGCUGCUGAGAAUAAUAAAUGUCUUGUACAAACAAAUGUGAUGACAGUUACUCUUAGGUGCCAUGGAUUGAUGUCAGGGUGGUCAGCUCUGGACAAAACCACCCACCUCAAAUUUGUACAACAGUAUUGGUACAUAGGGCUACACUCAUUACUGUUCAAGUGUUCUAUGUUAAAAGUUGUGUUUUAAUUUCUAAAGAUUUUAAAAAAAGCAAAAAAAAUGGUGCUAAACUUUCACCCCUGAGCACGCUCAGUGAGACUGGCCACGCAAGCAUUUACAGUGCCAUGCUCUUCAAGCCUAUUUUUUGCCCUAUUUGUCUUCUCCAGUGUAUAGUACGUUUUGUUUUGUUUUGUUUUUUUCCGAGGGUGGGGCAGGAUAAACUGCCAUUUAAAAACAUGAACAGAAAAAUUUUAAACCCACAAAAUGGGGAGAAAAAUCAGUGCACAAGAAUCAGGCUGGUUAAGGCCAGCACCACACUGAAGUGGGCUCAGUGGUUUUGGAGUGAAGAAGCCUUACUCCCUGCACAUUCCCUCAUGCUCCCAUGUAAGUCCAGCAAUGGAGAUACUCGAGUUCCUCCUCUUGUCAAGGGUACUCGGGAGUUGACCAAGGAAAACUGGCCCUAUAAGGAAUGGCAUUGUCAUUGUGCUGAAAGGGGCCGAGUCAGGAAGCAGCCUGGAAGUGUACAGUCAUGGUCACCUCAUGAUGUGUGGCAGGUGGCUCUCAGGAAAAAUACUAAGUCUGGAUCAUCCAUGUGGCAGCUUUGCAUGGGGAAAUGACGGCUCCGAACUGGGUCCUAACUGCCUUCCAUGUGCUCCACCGAGGCAGUGAUGAGGGUGGCCGGUACAUGUGAGUGGUAGUUUUAAAGAGAAGGGAAUGUUUUCUGCUUUGUUCUUGGGCUGCUCAAGCUGAACAGUAGGUAGCCACUGUUUUGAAAGGAACCAGCCCAACUUGACUGGUGUGAAUCGGAGUUCGUUUCAUCCCUAGCUGUGAGUGCCUUUUGGUCUGGAAAGUUAGCUUGUCUCAAUACCCACAGCUAGGACAUUCUCUCCGUAAUUAUGAAUUGUCCUUGUUUUACAUUAAAAGAGAAUGUCUUUGAUCACUAGAGUUUGUUGGUGUUGGAUUGUUUCCACUGUGAGGUUAAACUUUUUCGCUUCAUAAUAUUAAAGCAAUUCACGUUUAGAGACCCUUUCAACACGAAAGGUUUGUAGUUGAGAUGUUAUAUAUAUUUUAUUGUUUAUAUUAAUCAUCUAUACAAAAGUCCUGGGUGUUAAUUUUAAUAUUUGCACAAGAUCUGUUUCCAUGGUAUGUUAACACCUACGAUUUCACUAACUGUUGAUGUUAUUUUCUAUUGAGAUUCCAGAGCCUAGGGAGCUAUAUGUUUUUUGUUUUUCAUAUUUUUUUUUUUCUGAAGCAAGAGACUUUGUAUGGCCUUCAGUGCAAAGACUUCAGACCAAUUCUUUGUAUUACACUUCGUUGCCUCUUGGCUAUAUAACUUCUGAGUGCAAAUCAUUGAACUCUUUAACAAAGUAUUGUAGAGAAUAAAUCAUAAUGGGUAAAAGUU